GGGCGGAACCGGCAGCCGCCGGCACUGCUUGCCCGCCCGCCCGCUCGCACUCAGUCGCGCCGCCGAGCCGGCAUGGGAGCUGCGCGCGCCCUCCCGGCCCCCACACCUGUCUGAGCGGCGCGGCGAGCCGGGGCCCGGGCGGGCGACCCGGCGCGGGGUGGUGCUCAGCAUGGCGGGGACUCCAGGGCUCUUCCUCCUCCUCCUCGUCCUCCUCUGUGCUGAUGGGCAGGUGAGCCCCUACGGCGCCCACUGGAAACCCACCUGGCCUGCCUACCGCCUCCCCGUGGUCUUACCCCAAUCCACCUUAAACUUGGCCAAGCCACACUUUGGGGCCGAAGCCAAAUUGGAAGUGUCCUCCUCGUGUGGCCCCCAGUGUCAUAAGGGAAGUCCACUGCCCACUUAUGAAGAGGCCAAGCAGUACCUGUCCUAUGAAACCCUCUAUGCCAACGGCAGCCGCACCGAGACACAGGUGGGCAUCUAUGUCCUCAGAAGUGGUGAGGGUGAGUCUUCGGGAAAGUCUCGAAGGAAGCGGCAGAUUUAUGGCUACGACAGCAGAUUCAGCAUUUUUGGGAAGGACUUCCUGCUCAACUACCCGUUCUCAACAUCGGUGAAGUUAUCAACAGGCUGCACCGGCACGCUGGUGGCGGAGAAGCACGUCCUCACGGCUGCCCACUGCAUACAUGAUGGGAAAACCUAUGUGAAAGGAACCCAGAAACUUCGAGUGGGCUUCCUGAAGCCCAAGUUUAAAGAUGGUGGUCGAGGGGCCAAUGACUCGAGCUCAGCCGUGCCCGAGAAGAUGAAAUUUCAGUGGAUCCGGGUGAAGCGCACCCAUGUGCCCAAGGGUUGGAUCAAGGGCAAUGCCAACGACAUUGGCAUGGAUUAUGACUAUGCCCUCCUGGAACUCAAAAAACCCCACAAAAGAAAGUUCAUGAAGAUUGGGGUAAGCCCUCCCGCCAAGCAGCUGCCAGGGGGCAGAAUCCACUUCUCGGGUUAUGACAAUGACCGACCGGGCAACUUGGUAUACCGCUUCUGUGAUGUCAAAGAUGAGACCUAUGACCUGCUGUACCAGCAGUGUGACGCCCAGCCCGGGGCCAGCGGGUCCGGGGUCUACGUGAGGAUGUGGAAGAGACAGCAGCAGAAGUGGGAGCGAAAAAUUAUUGGCAUCUUUUCCGGGCACCAGUGGGUAGACAUGAACGGUUCUCCACAAGAUUUCAACGUGGCUGUUAGAAUCACCCCUCUCAAAUAUGCCCAGAUUUGCUAUUGGAUUAAAGGAAACUACCUGGAUUGUAGGGAGGGGUGACACGGUGUUCCUUUCUGGCCGCUCUUAAUGGUCUUCUAUUUUAGGAGAGGCCAAAUUUUGUCACUGGGGUGUGUGUGUGUGUGUGUGUGUGUGUGUGUGAGAGAAAUGUGUUAUAAUAUCUUUCACCUAAUUUUUUUAAAUUGCAAGAUGACUGGCUGUAUUAUUUGAAAACUGGUUUGUGUAUGAUAUAUCAUUUAAGCAGUUUGAAGGCAUACUUUUGCAUAGAAAUAAAAAACAUACUGAUGUUUGGGUCAAUAGGGAAGAUUUAGUGAUUAAGUUAAUCUUUCACCUUUUGAGAACUUUGAUUUUUAUUUCAUCUGAACUUGUUUCCAAAGCUUAUAUUAAAUACGUGGCAUAUGGGAGACAUAAAUUCUUAUGUGUGUGUAUGUGUGUAUUUUCUCCUGAGGUUCAACUUGCUUUGUUUUGUUUUUUUUUACUGCCUAAUCAUUAAUGUUUCCAGAUGGCAGUGUUCCCCACCACAUACAACUCUUAGGAACUUUCACAAUACUUUUUAGACAGGCAGUUAUAAUAUUUUGGAUUUGGGGGCAUUUGCACAGAAGUCCUGGAUCAGUAAAAUAAUUUGUUGAUUAUACUGGUACACAUAUUAAACUGUAUCCUAUAGUAAGUACCCCAAGCAUCUUUCAGUUUUGAAAUAGUUUCUUUUCUGAAGAUUGUUGCUGUACUUUCUGGGAAGCCUUUGCAUGUGGCUCUGCCAGCUUUGUAGUCACACCAGAGUAAGCAAGAUUGUUUAUGCCAAUCCUUCCAUUUAACAGGAUUUCACUCACAUUUCUUGAACUAGCUGCUUUCCAGAAGACAAUAAUCAGGGCCUAAUUAGAACAGGCUGUAUUGCUUCCCAGCUAACAGUUGUGGUCACACUAAAAACAAUCAUUGUAUUUUACCCCUGGAGUGUAGAACAUCUCAUGUUUUAUCAUUUGGAUGGAGUAAUUUAAAAUGAAUUAAAUUCCAGAGCACAAUGGACACAUUGCUUGGCAGAUGUCACAACAGAAUAACCACUUGUUUGGAGACUGGCACAGUCAUCCAGCCUAAUCAAAAUUAUUCUGCAUAGUUUUAAGUGCGCUUUCAGGAAGCUGUGGACUUGUGCAAUUUGGAAACUUUUCUCUCUUACUUAUUUUAUAGUAAAAAUAUUUGGAAAAUGCUUUAAGAAAAACCAAUAUGGCUUUUUUUUUUUUACUAGCUUUAAAAGGGCCUCUUUUACUAGAAUUCUCCAGGCUACAGACACCCAUAAUCAAGUACAAGAGUAAAAAAUGAAAAUUGGGAAUGCAAAAUGGAUCAGAAUCACCCCUUCAAUAAAUGUCUUUAUGAAUGUUUUAUCAAUAUGAUCAUCACAGUAUAUAAGGAAAAGAUUUGGACUCAUUUUAUGUUUUCAUUCUAUGCCUCUCAGCCCGAGCACUUCUUUCUAAAUGUAUCAGUAGAGAAAAAAAAGCAAAUGAAUUACAAGGCAGAUAUGUGGUGUGCAUGCACCCCUGACAUUUCCAGCCUGCAUUGUGACUAUUUAUUUGUUAGGACACUGAAAUACAGCACUGAUGCUUAAACCUUCUCCGGGUGACUUUUGGCUUAUGUUCCUCGAGCUUUUCAGAAGAAUAAUCCUGAUAAAGCACUCAAGAAACUACAACCAUAGUGCGUUCCUCAAAUCACAUAAGAAAUACUGUGCAUAGCAGAGAUGGAAGGCCACCAGGAACCUUCGGAUUUCCACUACAAUAUGCUUUGGAAUCUAACAGGAAUCUAGCCUGAGGAAGAAGAGGGGUCUCCAUCUCUAUGUCUGGUAUUUGGGGGUUUUGUUUGUUUUUGCUCUUGUUUGGUGCUAAAGGAAGUUUGCUGGACACCUAGACCAGAACUGAUUUUAAAAAUAUAUAUUGAUAGAUGCUCCUUUUAUGAAGCACAUUGAUUUCUUGAUUUUGAUUUUUUGCAAUGUUGAAACUCAACAAGGGUGGGCAAUGGCACAAAGUCAAAAUAAUACAAUAUUUAGUUCACAAGUAGAUGUAAUUUACUAAGAAUAUUACCCACAGUCUAUAUACAGCAUAAUUCAUAGAAUUGUAAAAGAAGACUAUAUAAUAGUUCAACGUAUCCACCUUUUCAGUGGUAAUAGAAAGAAGCAUCAUAUUGAAAUAUCAUGGAAGUUGAAAUAAAGAAAAGGCUCUUGCAAUAUUAUUAAUAUAAUUAGUGCUUUACAUAUAUUAGUUGUACAUUGUAAGGAUAUACUCCGAGUAGGGCUAGUAGAACAAUGUUUCCCAAAGUGUGUGCCUUAAACGCUUAUCCUUCCAGAUUUUCUACCAAAAAUAAAAAUGGCACCAUUGUCAAGGAGGAGGGGGUUGCCUCACAAUAUUCCCUCUCUUUAUUGGGGCUUCACUUGCAUGUUUGCACAUUAAAAGCUCUAAGAAGUCCUGUCAUAAAGAGACAUGUUUUAAAAUCUGCAUUUCAAUAAGCAUCUUUGAUCACGGAAACCUUGUUUUCUCAUAUAAUACCUAUGAGUGAUUUAGUGUUCUAAUGAAUACAUUUUGGGGAUUGCUGUAACAGCCUUUUGGUCUAGGUGGCGCUGCAGAAAGUAUGAGUCCCGAGUGAUGUCAGGUACCGGUGCCUUUUGGGUUCACCAGAACCCCGUAUCCAGAUUUGGAAAUGUUCAGAAGGUGAAACAGGAGAGAAGAGACUUGAAACAUCAUUUGUUGUUGAGAAUCAGAAGGUUGUGGCAGAACUGGGGACACGUAUUUUCCGUAGACUAUUCAAAGUUUUGAAUUUCAGAAAGGAGCUAGUCCAAAAAAAGCAGGGGGAGGGGAAAUAGGGCUAAAAGAGAUACAGAAAUAUGAACUGGCCAGUGGCAGAGUUGUACCUGUGUUCUCUCUUUACCUUUUUUGGACCAGAAAAUGGAUUUUUUUUUUAAAACCUGUUAAGUAAAGCGGAACCCCAAGAUCAUUGUCUUCACUCUGAUGUGACUCAUUCUACCUGCUCAGUGGGAGGGCAAGCCCGCGGUGACACCUGGGUCAAUGUUUAAUGAUGUCUCUCUAACACCCCCGGGAGUCUUUAGUUUCGAACUUGUCAAGGAUGACAAGCCUUGAAUAAAGACUCUGGUCUGUCCGCCCUGUGCUAGCUGAAGGGUAAGUGGCAGUUAUCCAGAGUGUCCGAAACAAUUUGGACAGCAGUCCUCAGCAUUUCCUCUCUCACGGCUGGUCAGAGCUCGCGGCCAAGGAGGCUAGGGGACAGUCCCUGCACUAGCCUGGCUUUCCUUCCUGCUUUCUCUGAGUUCAACUGCUCAUGUCUGUCCUUUUUCUUAGUCCUUGUCAUGAACCAGCUCAAGGGUGCCUUGAAGUUGCCUCCCUCCACUGAUUUUUAUGAAUAUUUGGUAGAGUGGCCACUUAAUUUAUCAUACUUUUUUGAGACUGACUGAAAGGGAAUUCUAUUAAUAAUGAGGCUAGGGCAGCAGGCACACAACCGGUAGGUACUGAGAAAUCCAGCAUGUCUGGUCACCUAAACUGGUAAACCCUGCAAAGCGCCGUAUGGAAUGCAGACCAACAGCCAUCUUCGUGAACCAAGGAACUGCAGUGGGGCUGCAUGCCUUCUUUGCCUGGAUCAACAUUCUGAGGGCCUCUGGUAGGGGAAGGGCAUUUAAAAAUCCUCCCAGUGGGAUGGGGUCUAGAGUCCAUAGGUGGUAAACACAAACCAUUUCUAGCAGAUGAACAACCCAUCUGUUUUUAGUCUUCUGUUUCCCCAGAGAAGGGAAUAAACCAGCUUCCAGAACAGGAGUAAAUAAGACUGAGAGCUGGGGCAACAGACUGGUGUUGAGGGGGACGACGGCCCUGGAGUUGAGCCGACUGAUUCCAUAGUUGCCUGCUUCCUUUUGGUGAAUAAAUCUCAAUGCACUUCCAUUUAAAACUUAAAACCCUCCUCUCUGAUUUAAAGAUCCUCUCUCUCUGGGCUCCUACUCCUCCAGUGGGCUGGGGUAGAACAGAAGAAGAGGAAAAGGGCAAACAUCUGGUCCUCUCCUCAGUGGUUGCUGCUUCUUAGAUAAUACCAGCUCUUCCAUCCCCCUUAGCUCUUACCUCUGGUGAUGUAACCCUCUGCUGCCGGGACACUCUUACCCGGAAGACAGGCCUCUCAAGUGGUUAACCAGCAAAAUAUCCCAAGUCCAGCCAUAUUCUUCCAGGCUGGCAUUACCCAUGAGAAACUCACAGGCUUGCUAUACCCAACUGUGAGCUGCCCAUUGAAGAUCUGGGGAGAAAAUAUUCUAGGCUGAGGGAGCUGGAGUGCAAGGGCCCCUGGCAGGAUCAAAUUUGGUCCGUUCAGGAGGUGAAAUGGGUGAAGGGGUUAAAAAGUAUAAACUUCCACUAUAAAAUAAAUAAGUCAUAGGGAUGUUAUGAAGAAUAUGGUGACUAUAGUUAAUAGCGUGACUCUUUGGUGUGGUGUGUGUGUGUGUAUCAAGUGUGUAAAAAUACCAAGUGCUCUCUUAGUCUUGAUUUAUCACUCUCAUCUUCAGACUUUAAAAGGACUAAGGCACUCUCUUUCAUAAAGAGUGAGGACAGUUCUGAGAAGGUUGAGUUCCAAUCCAGUGCAGCAAGACUGAGUUGUUUGCAUUGGAGAGAAUGAGGAGAAUCUCGGAAAAUGAAAUAAACAGAGCGCACGAGUGAAACUGGAGCAACAGCCUUGGGAACCGCAGCUCAGCCUUGCCGUCAACUGAGCUGUCUUCUCAGGAAGGCCUCCCCUGACCAUCUUCUCUAAGAGGUCAACUCUCCGCAGGCCCCGCCUCAGACAGGUCUGACUUCCCUUCCCUGCUUUAAUGUCUCUGCUUAGCACUAAUCAAUAUCUCACAUACUCUGUAUUAAUUUCUCUUGUCUGUCCCCCACUAGUAAGAAUAUAAUUUUGUGAAGACAGGGAUUUUUGUCUGUUGUAUCCCCACACUUAGACCAGUGGCUGGCACAUGGGUUCUCAAUACAUAAUGUUUUUCAAACGAAUGAUUGAAACAAUCCUGGUGGCUUUAUAUAACCUGUAACACCAUGACUCAGGAUUACUUGGGCUUGGCUAUUCCUUGUGUCCAAAUGUAUCCCAGAAUAAAAGUCUUCUAUGUA